CAGUACAUGCGGAACAGACAGUUGGAGAAUAUCGGGCACGGGUAGGGAGAGAGGAAAGGGGGCGGACGACAAUUUUAGCCCUCCAUUAACGGCACAAUUUAUACUGUUUGAAAUAUAACUGUACAACUACCAAUUUAAUCAUAAGAAGAAUUGAAAGCCGCAAACAUGGCACAGCCAGACAACCAAAGCAAGAGAUUCUUUGAGAGUCUGUCGGGAGCGGGGAAAUCCAUCGCAGUGCUGACUAGCGGAGGGGAUGCUCAAGGUAAGGUUACUGUGACAGAUGACAGCGCGAGAGAAUGUACCCUGUGACAUUGUAUCAGUGGAGAGGCCCGUAGAGGGCGAAAAGCACCCAUUUGAACUGAAAAGAAACACAUUGUUACAUUGUAUAUUGAAUCAACUAGCCUUGAUACAAUGUUUCAAUAAAAAUAGCAAUUCUUUGAAGUAAUGUUACAGUAGCAGAUAUCACAGGCGCAGUUAGCAUUUUGGUGGCUAGCUAGCUCUGAUUAUCCACAUUUGGAGCAUUUUCUCACCACCACUAGGCCAGCUGCAAGCUCCCGUCAAGGUGAAACACAUAUGCCGACAUAGCUAGAUAGCUCGACGUCUAUUCGAUUAUCAGGCCAAUCAUCUGAUUUGUAUUGAUUUUACACAUAACAUUAACAACAAUUAUGACACCGGGCUACGUGUGGAGAGAGGAGAGGUGAUUUAAUUUUCGAAUUCUUGCCACUGCAUUGCAGAGUUUCGUUCUGUUAGUGUGAUCACGUACUGUAGCAUUUGUCCUUUAAUAAUAUUGGUAUGCUUCAUAGUAAUAUGUUACAUUAUAACAUCGGGUUGAUGAAGGAAUUAGUGAGGAUGAUGACGACGACUCCUCCCAACCAGGAAGUCACUAAAAACGAUGGUGUUCAUGCUGCUAUCUUCAUCAUUUUAAAAAGGAAUAAACGUCUAUCUCUGAAAAGCAGACGUUCACUAUUAUGAUUAUUCUGAACAAGAAUGUCAUUUAAAUAUGUUAUGGGACUGCAAUAAGCUUCAGCGAUGCCCUAGCCUGUGUGCGUUGCCUACGUGAGGAGCAGCAGGCAUCAUAGCAGGCUGCGUCAGAGGAAACCCAUUGUCAUAUGCUCUGUCUACUGUUACUUUAUGAAUGUGGCUUGUGCCUUAGUCAAAAUAGGGCACGUUUUCAUGGUUAUCAAAAGAACAAGAAGAAGCACUAGGAAUCAGCUCAAACGACUUGAGUGAGUCAUAGAGAAAGCAGAACAGCUUUCAAGAUUGCUGCAGUAGGCCUUUGCUUAUAAUAUAACUUUAUUAUGAAAGGCCUACUGCAGCAAUAUUGACUAAUGAACCUUGGUUGGAAGCCUAUCUAUAUUCCACACGGGCCAUCACAUUGCAUUGCAGUAUCUAUUUGAAAUGCCUUUGCCCACACACCCCUACAAUGAAGACCAAAUGCCCUUACCCAAUGCACUGCAGGAUACUACAUGAUGGUCAUCACUGUAAAAAUGGUCCCUGUAAAUCUACAGCAUUAUACUGGCAGCAGAGUUGCCAGUUAAAUACUGUAGUUUUGCUUUACGGCAGGGUUGCUGUAAAAUGUUUUACAAUAAGAAAAACAGUGAUGAAUUAUACAAUACAGCUCUAUCUGUCUGUCUGUCUCACUCACUCACUCACUCACUCACUCACUCACUCACUCACUCACUCACUCACUCACUCACUCACUCACUCACUCACUCACUCAUCUGGCAGCAUGAGGUUGGUGCCUGAAACUGAACAUUUGAAUCUCCAUUGGGCACAAGGUAUUACUGUAAAGAAAUACUGUACUUUUUGGAGGAGUCUUCCAAUUCCAGAUAAUAACAGCAUUAUUUGCAUUUUACCCAUAAUGCAUUUUACUGUGCAUUCUACAGUGUUUUAAUAUUGAAAUUACAGAAAAGUCAUACAGUGCAGUCAAGAUGCCUUUGACUCAGCCAGGAAUGGCCAGGAGUACACUGAUCGAUCCCCUGUGGGUGGGAGGCUUUAUAAUGCCAUAGCAAUGUUGUCUACCUCACUGCGCUGCAGGGUUCACUGUAGCUGCAGGCCUUACUGCACAGCCUCUGUUAGGCCCCAAACAUGAGUCUUUGGCCUCAGAAUGUACAACUAGAACUCAUCUGGAGGAUCAGAGAGCAUUCAGGCCGUCUGAAAACAACUUAGAGCCAUGCAUGAUAGGAAUGUCAGCUUCAGAAAGACAUCCCACUGGGCACAGAUGCCAGCUCAAUGUCUAGUUUUGAUGUAAAUUUGGUUGAGUUGUCAACUAAUGUGAAAUCAACAAAACAUUUCAAAAUAUAAUUGGAGUUAAGUUAAAUGUUGGGAGAAAAAAAGAAAAAAUUCCCUUACGUUGAUGACUUUUUGCAAAUCCAAUCAGUUUUGGAUGUUGAUUCAACGUCAUCGCAUUCAUUUUUUUAGUUGAAAUGACAUGGAAACAACGUUGAUUCAACCAGUUUUUGCCCAGUGGGAUGAGUCAGUCAGACUUGUAGCUUACAAUACCCAUAUGUUCUCUCUGGCUCUGCCGCACUCAUAAUCAGAUGGUUUACAAGAGGUAAUAUGAAUAUAACUAUGCUAUUCAUAUGAAUGUAGUUACAUAACAGAACAGAGAUGAUCACUUGACUUGUAAAGUGGCAACUGAUGAUCCCUUUAUGAUGAUUAUGCGUGAAAAACUAUGGAUCUGUCAUUAUGUAAUAGCUUUUAUAAUACACUCAAUAUAGGCUAGGCCCUAUGAGGUUCAUUUAGAGAAGUCUGUACCUGUUCUUAUCAUUUUUUUCUCCCCUGCUUUCUUGCUUUCUCUUUCAUAUCCUCCUGAUGGUCAAUCUCAGAAGUGUGUUGCUUAGUAACAGCUUAGCCGAGCUACUAUGACACUGUGAAACCAAACGUUUAUCAGAUUGUGGAUAAGCGCCUCCCCCGGGCCUAGUCAGCCAAGUUCCAAGGAUCUGCAUGGUCUACAGCACAUUAACCAUUAUUCCUACUGUCUAAGAAGUUAGGUUAACCUGACAUUAGAAUUCUAGGCACAGAACAACAUCUUUACAGUUCUCUCCAAAGCAACUGAAUAUGGCAGUGGGAACAUGGCAGUGGGAGACUGGGAUUCCUGCAGUGGAAGCGGACUGCACAGUGUUGGGAUUUUUGAAAGCGAGGCUCUUUCUUAUGGUGAUAAAAGAUUCAGACUUCGGCCUGAAAGGGGGCAUGCCAUUACAUGUUGAGCUAUUCACCACUUACGCUCAUAAGUGUAUGCACAGGAAUCAUGUGUUUCAUGUGGCCAUACGUUCUCUUGUUGAAUAUAAUUAGGCUAUAUAGGACAUGUCGCUACAGAAGUCUUAAGCAGUAUUCAAAUGUUGCUAUUUAAAAAUGCCUUAUUCAAGAGAGUGCGAGUCAGUCGUUUUGUUUUUCUCUUGGCUAGGAAUGAAUGCUGCUGUCCGGGCAGUCGUUCGAAUGGGAAUCUAUGUGGGAGCCAAAGUUUACUUCAUUCGUGAGGUGAGUCUAGACACUCUGUAUACACAGCAAUACUUUACAAACCAAAAAAGCAUUCCUUACCCAAGGAUACGUCAACAGGUGUGACGAUCCAGGCAAAGAAAGAAAUAGGAGCACUCUGUCUGCAUUGAUCUGAGUUUUAUUCAUGGGACAAAAUACUUUAUAAACACCUUACUGAGCUGAAUAUGUUCCUACCACCCAGGAUGGUUUUGUAUGUAGACAAAUAAAGGCUGACUGAUGAACAUUUGGAAUCUCCUCAAUAUUUGCUGAUUAGAGGCAACCACCCAUCAUUUGACCUGCUCUUGCAUCCAUAAUGUGGAAGCCGAAUUACAAACAGAAGGAUACAUGCCUACAGUAGGCUACAAGGCAAUGUUUGUGUUGUAUAUUCUAAUCUCUGGAUGGAACCAGACCAUCUAUUUCACAUAUAGCCUACACACUGACAAAUGGGCUGUGUUCUGCUUAUGCCUAGGUCUAAUGAUGACCCAUAUGUUGAUUUAAUUAUGAAAUGUUAAUCCUCUAUGCAGCUCAUUUCCUGAGUAGUUCAGGGCCUAAAAUGCCUGCUCAUUCUGUCAUUUGUGUACAUGGUGGUCUACACUGUUAUGUCACCGACUAAAGGCAUUAGUCGACAGAUCACAUGUAUUUCCCUCUCGGUCUGCUCAGGUAAUCUGUUUGGCUUCCAUGUCCGUUUAAACAGGAUGUGAAAGCCAAAGACCUGAUACACAGUAUGACAUAUUUGUUUUAUAACAGUGAGGGAAAAAAGUAUUUGAUCCCCUGCAGAUUUUGUACGUUUGCCCACUGACAAAGAAAUGAUCAGUCUAUAAUUUUAAUGGUAGGUUUAUUUGAACAGUGAGAGACAGAAUAACAACAAAAAAAUCCAGAAAAAUGCAUGUCAAAAAUGUUAUAAAUUGAUUUGCAUUUUAAUGAGGGAAAUAAGUAUUUGACCCCCUCUCAAUCAGAAAGAUUUCUGGCUCCCAGGUGUCUUUUAUUCAGGUAACGAGCUGAGAUUAGGAAGACACUCUUAAAAGGAAUGCUCCUAAUCUCAGUUUGUUACCUGUAUAAAAGACACCUGUCCACAGAAGCAAUCAAUCAAUCAGAUUUCAAACUCUCCACCAUGGCCAAGACCAAAGAGCUCUCCAAGGAUGUCAGGGACAAUAUUGUAGACCUACACAAGGCUGGAAUGGGCUACAAGACCAUCGCCAAGCAGCUUGGUGAGAAGGUGACAACAGUUAGUCCGAUUAUUCGCAAAUGGAAGAAACACAAAAGAACUGUCAAUCUCCCUCGGCCUGGGGCUCCAUGCAAGAUCUCACCUCGUGGAGUUGCAAUGAUCAUGAGAACGGUGAGGAAUCAGCCCAGAACUACACGGGAGGAUCUUGUCAAUGAUCUCAAGGCAGCUGGGACUAUAGUCACCAAGAAAACAAUUGGUAACACACUACGCCGUGAAGAACUGAAAUCCUGCAACGCCCGCAAGGUCCCCCUGCUCAAGAAAGCACAUAUACAGGGCCGUCUGAAGUUUGCCAAUGAACAUCUGAAUGAUUCAGAGGAGAACUGGGUAAAAGUGUUGUGGUCAGAUGAGACCAAAAUCGAGCUCUUUGGUAUCAACUCAACUCGCCGUGUUUGGAGGAGGAGGAAUGCUGCCUAUGACCCAAAGAACACCAUCCCCACCGUCAAACAUGGAGGUGGAAACAUUAUUCUUUGGGGGUGUUUUUCUGCUAAUGGGACAGGACAACUUCACCGCAUCAAAGGGACGAUGGACGGGGCCAUGUACCGUCAAAUCUUGGGUGAGAACCUCACUCCCUCAGUCAGGGCAUUGAGAAUGGGUCGUGGAUGGGUAUUCCAGCAUGACAAUGACCCAAAACACACGGCCAAUGCAACAAAGGAGUGGCUCAAGAAGAAGCACAUUAAGGUCCUGGAGUGGCCUAGCCAGUCUCCAGACCUUAAUCCCAUAGAAAAUCUGUGGCGGGAGCUGAAGGUUUGAGUUGCCAAACGUCAGCCUCGAAACCUUAAUGACUUGGAGAAGAUCUGCAAAGAGGAGUGGGACAAAAUCCCUCCUGAGAUGUGUGCAAACCUGGUGGCCAACUACAAGAAAUGUCUGACCUCUGUGAUUGCCAACAAGGGUUUUGCUACCAAGUACUAAGUCAUGUUUUGCAGAGGGGUCAAAUACUUAUUUCCCUCAUUAAAAUGCAAAUCAAUUCAUAACAUUUCUGACAUACGUUUUUCUGUAUUUUUUUGUUUGUUAUUCUGUCUCUCACUGUUCAAAUAAACCUACCAUUAAAAUUAUAGACUGAUCAUGUCUUUGUCAGUGGGCAAACGUACAAAAUCAGCAGGGGAUCAAAUACUUUUUAUCCCUCACUGUAACUCUAUGGUUUAAUUUGCGACCAUUCUGAUUGCAUUGGCUAUGCUCCUAUAAACAUUGGUAGUCUGUGCUGCCUGGAGUUUUGAUUUGGUAGCACAAGUCCGCCUAGAAGUAUAUUGUCCCAGAUGAACAUUGAAUGGCAAAAUUAUGUUUGUGCCAUUUGGAGUAGCCUAAGCAAAGUUGCUACAUUUGUAUCGUUUCGUGUCGGUAGGCCUACGCUCUGGCUGUUGUUACAUUUGUAUAAUUAUUUGAGCGGUACAAAGUUGGUGCAUUGUAUCAUUUCAACUCACCUGUGAGGGUGAACAGGAAAUUCAGCAACUCUUGGAGGACAGUAGAAGUUAAAAGUCGAGUUGACUACUUGACAGUGGAAGUUUUACAGAUCAAAAAAUGAAGGAGGCUUGUAUAUAUUUGAAAAUGUCAUCCUAUGGGUUCAGGGACCAAUACAAAUGGGAAUACAAACAAAACAUUAUGUGAUUGGUAAAUUAGUUCCAAAAAUCUGACUGAAUUUGAAAUGACAAAACUUGUGCUAUUUCAUAUUGUUUGGUGGUGCUAACCAGUGCUACCAAUAAAAAAAAAAAGUGUAUGCCCUGCUUAUUGUAAUAGUAGCCUACAUCUUGAUUAAUUUAAUAUCUUGGACAAGGACAUUUCUAAUUUGAUUCUAUGCAGGGAUAAGACAUGAAGAUAAUGAUUAAUAUACAAGCUGCAUGUCAGUCCAGAUAUUACACAUAGUGGGGGGUUGUUAAGCCUAAGAAGUGUGUGUGCAUGUGUGUACUUUAUGUGACAUCUGUGUUGUAUCUACAGGGAUAUCAGGGUAUGGUAGAUGGUGGAGAAGAGAACAUAAUGGAGGCCAGUUGGGAAAGUGUCUCCAGCAUGUUACAAAUGGUGAGUACUGUACCAUCCAUGUAGGACAGAAAUACAUUACCAGUCAAAAGUUUGAACACUCCUACUCAUUCAAGGGUUUUUCUUUAUUUUUACUAUUUUUUACAUUGUACAAUAAUAGUGAAGACAUCAAAACUAUGAAAUAACACAUAUGGAAUCAUGUAGUAACCCAAAAAGUGUUAAACAAAUCAAAAUAUAUUUUAUAUUUGAGAUUCUUCAAAUAGCCACCCUUUUCGUUGAUGACAGCUUUGCACACUCUGGUAAUGUAGAUGACCACACACUGAAUCACAGUAGCCUAUUUACAAAACCCAUAGACAUAGACAUAGCAAUAAUUGAUUGGUGUGAGUAGGCAUCUUGCAUCUGUGCUGUUUUUUUACAUCCACGUUCAAUGUUUGUGUAAUGCCACCAUGCCAGGGUGGCACCGUCAUUGGCAGUGCCCGGUGCAAGGAGUUCCGGUCCCACGAGGGGCGUCUGAAGGCAGCCCACAACCUGGUGCAGCGUGGCAUCACCAACCUGUGUGUGAUCGGAGGGGACGGCAGCCUCACUGGGGCCAACCUCUUCAGAGAGGAGUGGAGCGGACUGCUGGAGGAACUGGUCCAGCAAGGUGGGGAAUUGGGCUGGUUUUGUUUUUUACCAGGGACAGGAGAGGGGUUAGGGAAAAAAGAUCGCAAGGUGGGGACUGGCACUUUGUUUCUAGUGGGGACAGGAGAGGAGUUAGAGAGAGCGGGAUGGCAGAGAAAAAGGUGGACUGCAGAAGGGUUUGUUUGUAGUGGGGACAGACAGGGGCAUGAGGUAGGGGUCAUUGAGAGAGAGCUUAGAGAAAGGUAGGGGCUGUAUAGAGAGAGGUCAUACUGACAGGGUGACAUAUUGACCCUGAAAAGAAGUGGAAAUGUCAAGUUUGGUAAUGUGGUAGGCUGAACAGUCUUAAAAGUGUAUUUGCAGAUGAGUUAAUCCAUUGUGAGCUUUCUGCUAGAACAGGAUAAUAAAUCCCCAAAUGUUUUUAAUCUGAAAGGAUUUGUCCGGGAAGGCAAAAACUCUGUCCUAUGACAUUGUUUUUAUUUGAGAAUGAAUUGGUCGUAGUUUCUCAUUGUGUACCUGUGUUGGCUGUUUCAUAUCCUACCUCAGAAUGGAGCUACAAUGUCAAGUUAGUCUUUCUGCAUAGAAGUUAUGGCUAAUCCCGCCUCACAUUGAAGAGACAGGGAUCUUGGAAUAAAUAGCUUUCUUUUAUUUCAAUCUUUGUCACAAAAGUAUAUAAUUGUAUUGUUUUUAAACUUUGCAACAGGGUUGAUUAAUGAAGAUGCUGUCCAGAAGUAUUCAGCCCUGCACAUCGUCGGGAUGGUGGGGUCUAUCGACAACGACUUCUGUGGCACCGACAUGACAAUUGGGACGGACUCUGCCCUGCACAGGAUCAUAGAGGUGGUGGAUGCAAUCAUGACCACUGCACAGAGGUUAGCAAUAGUAGCUUUAACAAAAGUUCUUCGAGUUUUUACUUUAUCUGGGUUAGCUGUGAACAUAUGAUUCUCUCAAAUGUCAUCUUCUCACUCGCUAUCUCUCUUUCAGCCACCAGAGGACAUUUGUGCUGGAGGUCAUGGGCAGGCAUUGUGGGUAAGACAGACACAGACUUUUAAACGUAUUUAAACAUUGAUAUGCUAACACACCUUAUGUGUGACCUUGUGUGUGAGUUCAGAUCCGUCCCGUGGGGCCAAUGGGUGCUGUUUUAUGACUAGUGUGUGUUUGUGUGUGUGUCCAUGUUUGUGUGUCCGUGCGUAUGUGCGUGGGUGUGUGUCUGUGUGUGUCUGUGUGUGUCUGUCUCCAGAUACCUGGCCUUAGUGAGUGCCCUGGCGUGUGGUGCUGACUGGGUGCUGAUCCCUGAGAUGCCCCCUGAGGACGGCUGGGAGGAGAAGAUGUGUCAGAAACUAUCUGCGGUAAUGUAUUAACUUAGCACUCCUUUAACCUCACAACACUUCUCACUAAUAUGUAAUGCUCUUUCACUAUCCAGUUCGCUCUGUUUCGUUGUUGUAGUAUAUAUUGAACAAUUUACAAUAAAUUAUUACUUUUAGAAUAAAAUGAAGUUAGCCUAACCAAGAAUUGCAACAAGUUCAGUUCAAUGUCACAUAAGGCUAACAUUGAGAUACGAUCUGAUCUGCAGUUAUUUGGUAAUGUUACAGUAAUUUACUUGUGUGUUAUUGUGCUGUUUUCUGUUUGGAAAUAAAAUGUUAUGGUCCAGACUCGCUCCAGGGGUUCAAGGUUGAACAUAAUCAUAGUGGCUGAGGGAGCCAUUGACAGACAUGGGAAAGCUAUAACCGGUAGUGUUGUCAAGGACGUGAGUACCUUAGCGUGUUACAGGGCCAAAACCAAAAGUACGGAGGCCCAACAGCGUCAAAACAGUCCACUGGCAAACGAGCAGAGUAUUAUGGGGUUGGUGUCAUAUUAUGUGUUGACACCAAGUUAGUAAAUUAUUUGAUAGUAAGGACAUUUUCAAAUAAAGAGAUUAUGACAAUCUUUGGUUAAUAUGUCGCCAAGAAUUAACACUUGCUCUCUGGUCCAUGGACAAUUUUCUCACAGUCUGGCCCUCUGUCUUUUGCGAGCCAAGCCAAACCUCUGUUUUAGUUUCUGUCAUGUGUCUUCCAUCCCUCCCUCAUAUAGAACCGGGCAGGAAUGAAAAGGCUGAAUAUCAUAAUAGUAGCCGAGGGGGCAAUUGAUUGUAACAACAAGCCCAUAACGACAGACCAUGUCAAGGAUGUAAGUACAGCUAUCUCAGGCCUAUAGCAGACAACUCCUGCUAGGCCUCUAUUGCUACCCUACUGCCCUUGGUGUGGCUUCACUCUCGCUGACUGUGCCCUCUGGUAUGAAUGCUCUGAUGCACACACACACUCUGUGGUAAGACAGCAUUCACCACUGCUUCCUGAGUGGCCUCAAACUUAAUUUACAGCUCAUAAACUGCUUUUGCCCUCUACCAUCUUGAUUUGCUGUAUGACAGCUUACCCAGAUACGUUUUAGUAACCUACAGUGCCUUGCAAAAGUAUUCAUCCCCCUUGGUGUUUUUUCCUAUUUUGUUGCAUUACAACCUGUAAUAUAAAUUGAUUUUUAUUUGGAUUUCAUGUAAUGGACAUACACAAAAUAGUCCAAAUUGGUGAAGUGAAAUUAAAAAAAUAACUUGUUUCAGAAAAAUAAUUACGGAAAAGUGGUGCGUGCAUAUGUAUUCACCCCCUUUGCUAUGAAGCCCCUAAAUAAGAUCUGGUGCAACCAAUUACUUUCAGAAGUCACAUAAUUAGUUAAAUAAAGUCCACCUGUGUGCAAUCUAAAUGUCACAUGAUCUCAGUAUAUAUACAGUGGGGAUAAAAAGUAUUUAGUCAGCCACCAAUUGUGCAAGUUCUCCCACUUAAAAAGAUGAGAGAGGCCUGUAAUUUUCAUCAUAGGUACACGUCAACUAUGACAGACAAAUUUAGGAGAAAAAAAUCCAGAAAAUCACAUUGUAGGAUUUUUUAUGAAUUUAUUUGCAAAUUAUGGUGGAAAAUAAGUAUUUGGUCACCUACAAACAAGCAAGAUUUCUGGCUCUCACAGACCUGUAACUUCUUCUUUAAGAGGCUCUUCUGUCCUCCACUCGUUAUCUGUAUUAAUGGCACCUGUUUGAACUUGUUAUCAGUAUAAAAGACACCUGUCCACAACAUCAAACAGUCACACUCCAAACUCCACUAUGGCCAAGACCAAAGAGCUGUCAAAGGACACCAGAAACAAAAUUGUAGACCUGCACCAGGCUGGGAAGACUGAAUCUGCAAUAGGUAAGCAGCUUGGUUUGAAGAAAUCAACUGUGGGAGCAAUUAUUAGGAAAUGGAAGACAUACAAGACCACUGAUAAUCUCUCUCGAUCUGGGGCUCCACGCAAGAUCUCACCCCGUGGGGUCAAAAUGAUCACAAGAACGGUGAGCAAAAAUCCCAGAACCACACAGGGGGACCUAGUGAAUGACCUGCAGAGAGCUGGGACCAAAGUAACAAAGCCUACCAUCAGUAAAACACUACGCCGCCAGGGACUCAAAUCCUGCAGUGCCAGACGUGUCCCCCUGCUUAAGCCAGUACAUGUCCAGGCCCGUCUGAAGAUUGCUAGAGUGCAUUUGGAUGAUCCAGAAGAGGAUUGGGAGAAUGUCAUAUGGUCAGAUGAAACCAAAAUAUAACUUUUUGGUAAAAACUCAACUCGUCGUGUUUGGAGGACAAAGAAUGCUGAGUUGCAUCCAAAUAACACCUUACCUACUGUGAAGCAUGGGGGUGGAAACAUCAUGCUUUGGGGCUGUUUUUCUGCAAAGGGACCAGGACGACUGAUCCGUGUAAAGGAAAGAAUGAAUGGGGCCAUGUAUCGUGAGAUUUUGAGUGAAAACCUCCUUCCAUCAGCAAGGGCAUUGAAGAUGAAACGUGGCUGGGUCUUUCAGCAUGACAAUGAUCCCAAACACACCGCCCGGGCAACGAAGGAGUGGCUUCGUAAGAAGCAUUUCAAGGUCCUGGAGUGGCCUAGCCAGUCUACAGAUCUCAACCCCAUAGAAAAUCUUUGGAGGGAGUUGAAUGUCUGUGUUGCCCAGCGACAGCCCCAAAACAUCACUGCUCUAGAGGAGAUCUACAUGGAGGAAUGGGCCAAGAUACCAGCAACAGUGUGUGAAAACCUUGUGAAGACUUACAGAAAAUGUUUGACCUGUGUCAUUGCCAACAAAGGGUAUAUAACAAAGUAUUGAGAAACUUUUGUUAUUGACCAAAUACUUAUUUUCCACCAUAAUUUGCAAAUAAAUUCAUAAAAAAUCCUACAAUGUGAAGAAAAUCUCAUUUUGUCUGUCAUAGUUGACGUGUACCUAUGAUGAAAAUUACAGGCCUCUCUCAUCUUUUUAAGUGGGAGAACUUGCACAAUUGGUGGCUGACUAAAUACUUUUUUUCCCCACUGUACACCUGUUCUGAAAGGCCCCAGAGUCUGCAACACCACUAAGCAAGGGGCACCACCAAGCAAGCGGCACCAUGAAGACCAAGGAGCUCUCCAAACAGGUCAGGGACAAAGUUGUGGAGAAGUACAGAUCAGGGUUGGGUUAUAAAAAAAUAUCUGAAACUUUGAACAUCCCACGGAGCACCAUUAAAUCCAUUAUUAAAAAAUGGAAAGAAUAUGGCACCACAACAAACCUGCCAAGAGAGGGCCGCCCACCAAAACUCACGGACCAGGCAAGGAGGGCAUUAAUCAGAGAGGCAACAAAGAGACCAAAAAUAACCCUGAAGGAGCUGCAAAGCUCCACAGCGGAGAUUGGAGUAUCUGUCCAUAGGACCACUUUAAGCCGUACACUCCGCAGAGCUGGGCUUUAUGGAAGAGUGGCCAGAAAAAAGCCAUUGCUUAAAGAAAAAAAUAAGCAAACACGUUUGGUGUUCGCCAAAAGCCAUGUGGGAGACUCCCCAAACAUAUGGAAGAAGGUACUCUGGUCAGAUGAGACUAAAAUUGAGCUUUUUGGCCAUCAAGGAAAACGCUAUGUCUGGCGCAAACCCAACACCUCUCAUCACCCCGAGAACACCAUCCCCACAGUGAAACAUGGUGGUGGCAGCAUCAUGCCAAAAGGCAUGUGGGAGACUCCCCAAACAUAUGGAAGAAGGUACUCUGGUCAGAUUAGUUAGUUAGUUAGUUAGUUAGUUAUGCACGCUCAAGUUUUCUGCUUUUUUGUCUUAUUUCUUGUUUGUUUCACACAAAAAUUAUUUUGCAUCUUCAAAGUGGUAGGCAUGUUGUGUAAAUCAAAUGAUACAAACCCCCCAAAAAUCAAUUUUAAUUCCAGGUUGGUAGGCAACAAAAUAGGAAAAAUGCCAAGGGGGUGGAUACUUUCGCAAGCUACUGUACAUGUCUAGCCAGGCCUAUGGAACGCAUUGUAAAGAGAUACAUUUUGUACAAAACGCAUCAGCACAGCUGUGAAAUAGACUAUAAAUGGAAAAUAAUUUAAUUGCAUUGUUAAUAAUUUAGAAAAUUAAGUCCUUUAUAAUCUAGCACAGGAUGACACAAGAAUUUAGGCAAAGCAUUUAAUCCAGCUUGUGCUUGAAUGUCUUUUUAUUUAUUUAGUUGUAUCACAUUUUGAAAGUCAACCUUUUUUAAGCAUGGGAUCUUUGGUCUGUGCAUCUUAUAAAGACCCCACUAACAUGACUGAAAAUAAGGAGGAUAGAUUGCAUGUGCAUUGUGUUUUUACCUUUGCUCAACCCUUCAGCUUGUGAGAGUAUUUUCUCUUCGUGGUUUAUUACAAAUGUGUGUGUCUAGAAUAUCUUAUGUAAAAUAGACCUUCAUAAAAAUAAAACAAUUCUGAUAGUUUACUUACAGUACGUGAAGAAAAAAAAAAGUGCUUUAGUAUUUAGCCUAGUAUUAGAUCUAGCAUUAGUAUUUUGCAUUACCAUUACUCCUAUACCAUUACUAUAGGACAGACUUUAAAAGAUUGUCGCUAAAACAUGGUUCCUGUUGUCCCAGCUUGUUGUCAGAUGCCUGGGGUUUGACACCCGUGUGACAAUCCUGGGCCACGUCCAGAGAGGAGGAACCCCCUCUGCCUUCGACCGUAUCCUGGUAGGUAUUCUGACCGUAUUCUGACCAUAUUCUUGACCGUUUUCUACAUCUACAGUACUAUAGUGUUCUAGCCUGGUCCCAGAUCUGUUUGUGCUGUCUUGCCAAAUCCUAUGCUUGGCGUGAUAAUGACCAUAAAAGCUGAGAGGACAGUACAAACAGAUCUGGGACCAGGCUAGUAGUGUACAGCAGUCCCACUAGAUUAAUCCUGUGGAAGACAUGCACUCACUAGGCCUGGGGAGGAAACAACUGCUGGUUUUAGGUUAAGCACAUUAACAGAUUUGAUGGCAAGGCAUGUGUGCUGAUGUAGGCCUACUGGUGUAUCAUAGAGAGAGGGAGAAAUCCAGGGCUGAAAAGCUCUUCCAUUUUGCCUACAUCCUCUGAAAUACAACAAAUGAAAAGAGAAAGCGAGAGAGCAUGAAAACAUCCAGAGGAAGAGAGAGAAUCUGAGGGAGAAAGAGUGAAACAGAGAGUGAAAGAGCUAAUCCUUGUGUGAGCUCAGGCAAAGAGGAAGAGAUGUCGGUAUCUGUUUAAUGUGGUCCUGUUUGGCUCAGUUGCUAAGAGCAUUACCCUAGCAAUGCCAAUGUCUUGGGUUCAAUUCCAACAGGGAUCACCUGCUGUACAUGUACUAAAAUGCACUCGCUGUAUUGUACAUUGCUCUAGAGAAAAGUGUCUAGCUGUGGCAUCUUUCCUAUCUUAUGAUGUGUGGCUGUGUGUCCUCUCCAGGCCAGUCGUAUGGGUGUGGAGGCUGUCAUUGCCCUGUUGGAGACUACAGCUAACACACCAGCCUGUGUGGUCUCUCUGUGUGGAAACCAGGCGGUGAGACUGCCUCUCAUGGAGUGUGUACAGAUGGUAGGUAGACAAGAGUACUGUAGCCAGGACAAGGCCUCUUACUACUACACACAUACAUACAUACACACACACACACACACACACACACACACACACACACAGAGGAAUGAGAGAAUUGCCUGAUUGGAAACAUAAGUGCAUAAAUUGGGAUCUGGGAUAAGUGUUGUUUUGUUCUCUGAGCAAGGUGUUUUUCUGGUUCAUCGUUAUCCAAGGCAUGUGGCUGCCUGUUGCUAUUUUUUUUAUUUUUUUUUAUUUCACCUUUAUUUAACCAGGUAAGCCAGUUGAGAACAAGUUCUCAUUUACAACUGCGACCUGGCCAAGAUAAAGCAAAGCAGUGCAAUAAAAACAACAAACACAGAGUUACAUAUGGAAUAAACAAAACGUACAGUCAAUAACACAAUAGAAAAUCUAUAUACAGUGUGUGCAAAUGUAGUGAAUGAUGGAGGUAAGGCAAUAAAUAGGCCAUAGUGCAAAUUAAUUACAAUUUAGUAUUAAGACUGGAAUGAUAGAUGAUGUGCAAAUAGAUAUACUGGGGUGCAAAUGAGCAAAAUAAAUAACAAUAUGGGGAUGAGGUAGUUGGGUGGGCUAAUUACAGAUGGGCUGUGUACAGGUGCAGUGAUCGGUACGCUGCUCUGACAACUGAUGCUUAAAGAUAGUGAGGGAGAUAAGUGUCUCCAGCUUCAGAGAUUUUUGCAGUUCGUUCCAGUCAUUUGCAGCAGAGAACUGGAAGGAAUGGUGGCCAAAGGAGGUGUUGGCUUUGGGGAUGACCAGUGAAAUAUACCUGCUGGAACGCAUACUACGGGUGGGUGUUGCUAUGGUGACUAAUGAGCUAAGAUAAGGUGGGGAUUUGCCUAGAAGAGAUUUAUAGAUGACCUGGAGCCAGUGGGUUUGGCGACGAAUAUGUAGUGAUGGCCAGCCGACGAGAGCGUACAGGUCACAAUGGUGGGUAGUAUAUGGGGCUUUGGUGACAAAACGGAUGGCACUGUGAUAGACUACAUCCAAUUUGCUGAGUAGAGUGUUGGAAGCUAUUUUGUAAAUGACAUCGCCAAAGUCAAGGAUCGGUAGGAUAGUCAGUUUUACGAGGGCAUGUUUAGCAGCAUGAGUGAAGGAGGCUUUGUUGCAAAAUAGGAAGCCGAUUCUAGAUUUAACUUUGGAUUGGAGAUGCUUAAUGUGAGUCUGGAAGGAGAGUUUACGGUCUAACCAGACACCUAGGUAUUUGUAGUUGUCCACAUAUUCUAUGUCAGACCUGCAGAGGGUAGUGAUUCUAGUCGGGUGGGCGGGUGCAAGCAGCGUUCGAUUGAAGAGCAUGCAUUUAGUUUUACUAGCGUUUUAAGAGCAGUUGGAGGCCACGGAAGAAUUGUUGUAUGGCAUUGAAGCUCGUUUGGAGGUUUCUUAACACAGUGUCCAAUGAAGGGCCAGAUGUAUACAAAAUGGUGUCAUCUGCGUAGAGGUGGAUCUGAGAGUCACCAGCAGCAAGAGCGACAUCAUUGAUAUACACAGAGAAUAGAGUCAGCCCGAGAAUUGAACCCUUUGGCACCCCCAUAGAGACUGCCAGAGGUCCAGACAACAGGCCCUCCGAUUUGACACAUUGAACUCUAUCUGAGAAGUAGUUGGUGAACCAGGCGUGGCAGUCAUUUGAGAAACCAAGGCUAUUUAGUCUGCCAAUAAGAAUGCGGUGAUUGACAGAGUCAAAAGCCUUGGCCAGGUCGAUGAAGAUGGCUGCACAGUACUGUCUUUUAUCGAUCGCGGUUAUAAUAUCGUUUAGGACCUUGGGGGGGCAUGGGCAAGUUUCAGCGGAGGGUGCAGAGCUGGUGGCCGGGGUAGGGGUAGCCAGGUGGAAAGCAUGGCCAGCCGCAGCAAAAUGCUUAUUGAAAUUCUCGAUUAUCGUAGAUUUAUCGGUGGUGACAGUGUUUCCUAGCCUCAGUGCAUUGGGUAGCUGGGAGGAGGCGCCCUUAUUCUCCAUGGACUUUACAGUGUCCCAAAACUUUUUGGAGUUAGUGCUACAGGAUGCACAUUUCUGUUUGAAAAAGCUAGCCUUUGCUUUCCUAACUGAUUGUGUAUAUUGGUUCCUGACUUACCUGAAAAGUUGCAUAUCCCGGGGGCUGUUCAAUGCUAAUGCAGUACGCCACAGGAUGUUUUUGUGCUGGUCAAGAGCAGUCAAGUCUGGGGUGAACCAGGGGCUAUAGCUGUUCUUAGUUCUGAAUUGUUUGAAUGGGGCAUGCUUAUUUAAGAUGGAGAGGAAAGCACUUUUGAAGAACAUCCAGGCAUCCUCUACUGACGGAAUGAGGUCAAUAUCCAUCCAGGAUACCCGGGCCAGGUCAAUUAGAAAGGCCUGCUUGCUGAAGUGUUUUAGGGAGCAUUUGACAGUGAUGAGGGGUGGUCGACUCAUUACGGAUGCAGGCAAUGAGGCAGUGAUCGCUGAGAUCCUGGUUGAAGACAGUGGAGGUGUAUUUAGAGGUUAAAUUAGUCAGGAUGAUAUCUAUGAGGGUGCCCAUGUUUACGGAUUUAGGGUUGUACCUGGUAGGUUCCUUGAUAAUUUGUGUGAGAUUGAGGGCAUCUAGUUUAGAUUGUAGGAUGGCCGGGGUGUUAAGCAUAUCCCAGUUUAGGUCACCAAGCAGUACGAACUCUGAGGAUAGAUGGGUGGCAAGCAAUUCACAUAUGGUGUCCAGGGCACAACUGGGGGCUGAGGGGGGUCUGUAGCAAGCGGCAACAGUGAGAGACUUAUCUCUACAGUAGAUUGCAACUCCGCCCCCUUUGGCAGUUCUAUCUAGACGGAAAAUGUUGUAAUUCGGGAUGGAAAUUUCUGAAUUUUUGGUGGCCUUCCUAAGCCAGGAUUCAGACACUGCUAGAACAUCAGGGUUGGCAGAGUGUGCUAAUGCAGUGAAUACCUCAAACUUGGGGAGGUGGCUUCUGAUGUUGACACGCAAGAAUCCAAGGCUUUUACGGUUACAGAAGUCAACAAAUGAUAGCGCCUGGGGAGUAGGAGUGAUACUGGGGGCUACAGGGCCUGUGUUAACCUCUACCUCACCAGAGGAACAGAGGAGGAAUAGACUAAGGAUACAGCUAAAGGCUUUAAGAACUGGUCUUCUAGUGCGUUGGGUACAGAGAAUAAAAGGGGCAGAUUUCCGGGCGUUGUAGAAUAGAUUCAGGGCAUUAUGUACAGACAAGGAUAUGGAAGGAUAUGAGUACAGUGGAGGUACACCUAAGCAUUGGGUAACGAUGAAAGAGGUAGCAUCCCUGGAGGUACCGAUUGAGCCGGUCUCCGCGUGUAUGGGGGGUGGGACAAAGGAGCUCUCUGAGGCUGGUUGAGCGGGACUGGAGGUUAUACAGUGAAAUAGUACAAUAAGAACUAGCCCAAACAGCAAUAGGCUAGGCAUAUUGACAUGGGAGAGAGGCAUAACGCAAUCACAGGUGUUAUUCGAGAGGGCUAAGACAACAACUGGUAAUGGCGACGAAAGUUUGGGCUGAGGCUAAACAGAUAAACAGGAUAUGGUACCGUGCAAAAGAACAGUCCAGCAGGCAUCAGCUGUGUAGCUGAGUGAUCAUAAGGACCAGUGAACAGCAAUAGCUAUGUCCGGGAGCAGUUUGUAGGCUGCUACAGCACAGGCGAGCAGGAGGCACGGCUGUUGAUUGCGCGUGCUAGCGGGCCGGGGCUAGCAGAUGGAACUUUGUGGUCGUCGCAACGGGAAGCCUGUUGGAACCACAUCAGACGAUUAUGUCGGCAGACCAGUCGUGAUGGAUCGGCAGGGCUCCGUGUCGAAACUAGGCGGUCCCGUCCGGUUGACAGAGCGGUAGAUAGCCGGGAGAUGGGCCUGGCUCGAGGCUAGCUCAAGGCUAACUGGUGCAUCGGGACAGUGGUGAAUUAGCCAACAACAGCCAUUCGGUUGCAGCUAGCUAGUUGCGAUGAUCCGGUGUUAAGGUCCAGUGAUUCAUUGAUUCCGGCAGAAAAUCCGAUAUGCUCUGGGUCGAUAGCACGCUGUGCAGACCGAUAAUUGUCCAGGCUAGAGCUGGCUGGUAGGUAGUGCAGGCCACGGACAGUGGUGAAGACCGCUAACAGUGGCUAAUAGCAAGUAUUCAUGGCCUGCGAUGUGAUGAUGUAAUGUCAUUUAAGCCUGGCUAGUUCAACUACACCGGCUAUUCCCCCAGGGGUACAGUUGAAGUCGGAAGUUUACAUACACCUUAGCCAAAUACAUUUAAACUUAGUUUUUCACAAUUCCUGACAUUGUAUCCUUGUAAAAAUUCCCUGUCUUAGGUCAGUUAGGAUCACCACUUUAUUCUAAGAAUGUGAAAUGUCAGAAUAAUAGUAGAGAUAAUUAUUUAUUUCAGCUUGUAUUUCUUUCAUCACAUUCCCAGUAGGUCAGAAGUUUACAUACACUCAAUUAGUUUUUUGGUAGCAUUGCCUUUAAAUUGUUUAACUUGGGUCAAACGUUUCAGGUAGCCUUCCACAAGCUUCCCACAAUAAGUUGGGUGAAUUUUGGCCCAUUCCUCCUGACAGAGCUGGUGUAACUGAGUCAGGUUUGUAGGCCUCCUUGCUCGCACACGCUUUUUCAGUUCUGCCCACACAUUUCUAUAGGAUUGAGGUCAGGGCUUUGUGAUGGUCACUCCAAUACCUUGACUUUGUUGUCCUUAAGCCAUUUUGCCACAACUUAGGAAGUAUGCUAGGGGUCAUUGUUCAUUUGGAAGGCCUAUUUGCGACCAAGCUUUAACUUCCUGACUGAUGUCUUGAGAUGUUGCUUCAAUAUAUCCACAUCAUUUUCCUUCCUCAUGAUGCCAUCUAUUUUGUGAAGUGCACCAGUCCCUCCUGAAACAAAGCACCCCCACAGCAUGAUGCUGCCACCCUCGUGCUUCACGGUUGGGAUGGUGUUCUUCGGCUUGCAAGCCAUCCCCUUUUUCCUCCAAACAUAAUGAUUGUGGCGGGAAUGUAGUCAUAGCGGGUUGUACACCUAUCAGUUGGUGUCCAGUUCCUGGAGGAGGAGAAGGAAAGGACGUAUUCGUUCUGUGGCACCAUAGAGUACAUGGCUCCAGAGAUCAUCAGGGGGAAGUCUGGUCAUGGAAAGUCGGUAGAUUGGUGGAGUCUGGGGAUCCUGAUGUUUGGUCAUUAUGGCCAAACAGUUCUAUUUUUGUUUCAUCAGACCAGAGGACAUUUCUCCAAAAGUACGAUCUUUGUCCCCAUGUACAGUUGCAAACCGUAGGCUUUUUUAUGGCGGUUUUGGAGCAGUGACUUCUUCCUUGCUGAGCGGCCUUUCAGGUUAUGUUGAUAUAGGACUCGUUUUACUGUGGAUAUAGAUACUUUUGUACCUGUUUCCUCCAGCAUCUUCACAAGGUCCUUUGCUGUUGUUCUGGGAUUGAUUUGCACAUGGUGUUUAUACUUGCGUACUAUUGUUUGUACAGAUGAACGUGGUACCUUCAGGCGUUUGGAAAUUGCUCCCAAGGAUGAACCAGACUUGUGGAGGUCUACAUUAUUUUUUCUGAGGUCUUGGCUGACUUCUUUUGAUUUUCCCAUGAUGUCAAGCAAAGAGGCAGAGAGAUUGAAGGUAGGCCUUGAAAUACAUCCACAGGUACACCUCCAAUUGACUCAAAUGAUGUCAAUUAGCCUAUCAGAAGCUUCUAAAGCCAUGACAUCAUUUUCUGGAAUUUUCCAAGCUGUUUAAAGGCACAGUCAACUUAGUGUAUGUAAACUUCUGACCCACUGUAAUUGUCAUACAGUGAAUUAUAAGUGAAAUAAUCUGUCUGUAAACAAUUGUUGGAAAAACGUAUUGUGUCAUGCACAAAGUAGAUGUCCUAACCGACUUGCCAACUUGUUAACAAGAAAUUUGUGGAGUGGUUGAAAAACGAGUUUUAAUGACUCCAACCUAAGUGUAUGUAAACCUCCGACUUCAACUGUACACGAAAUGCCGUCGGGGGUACACCAAAUAAAAAUGUGAUUCACAUUUUCAAACAGUCCAUUUAGAUUUUACAACAGGGCUAUACAUUUGGGUGAUGUUUUUUUCUCGCCUGAGUAGCCUAAUUUCACUGCCAAAAAUACAAUUAAACCAUAUAGUGUUCAGCUAAAUAACAACACAAUGUCAAAUACAGGUAGCCUGGUCAAAUAUUUAACAUCCAAUCACAUUGACAGUUACUCUCUCGCGGGAAUUCCACUAACGGUCCGUAUGUAGCCAAACGUAGCUGCUGCUCAUUCCGUUUGCUCGAAAAUGGAUAAAAGGUUAAAAAAAAGUACGGCCCACGUCCAUAGAGACUCAUACCAGCUCUACUGGUAGUGCUGCUACUACCAGCAAUACUACACCUGCACCUGUCGACGACACAAGUUGUUCUGCUUCCACGAGCACAUCCAAUGCUAGCAUCAGUAAUUCUACAUUUGUUGCUAGCCCAGCUAGCAUGGACCCUGACAGUUAUGGAUCUGAUGCAGCCGAAGAGCUACUGCCCCCUUACCCGGGAAAGCACCGAACAACAGACAGGGACGUUGGACCAUCGAAGAGGCGCAAGUAUGAUGAGAACUACAUUGAUUUGGGGUUCACUUAUAUUGGGAGUAGUGCCUUUCCUCAGCCACAAUGUGUAAUUUGUGCAAAAGUACUAUCUCACAACUUAAUGAAACCUUCACUCUUGCACAGACAUUUAGAAACGAAACAUGCCAAUUUGAAAAAUAAGCCACAGGAGUUUUUUGAGCGAGAAUUAUGACCAUUUUCGAUUAGUAAGACAUGUAUAAAAGCAAUAGAUACCAUUAAUAAGAAGGGGCUAGAAGUGUCUUAUAUGGUGAGCUACCGAGUGGCUAGGACAGGCAAGCCCCAUACUAUUGUGGAGGACUUAAUUCUUCCUGCUGGGGGAUAUGGCUGGGACAAUGCUGGGGGGAAAAGGCCAAAUAAAACGAUACAGACAAUGCCUUCAUCAAACAACACUGUUUCACGACGCAUCAGUGACAUGGCAGGAGAUGUUUUGAAACAAUUACUGCUUUGCAUACAAGCAAGUGAAUUCUAUGCGUUACAGCUGGAUGAGUCAACAGACGUGGCGGGCCUGGCACAGCUCCUGGUAUAUGUCCGUUACGUUUAUGGAGGGUCAAUUAAGGAAGACAUCCUCUUCUGGAAACCAGGAGAACAGGAGAGGAUAUUUUUUGUGACAUCAAAUGGACUUUGGUGGUCAAGAUGUGUUGGUAUCUGUACUGAUGGCGCAGAAGCCAUGACAGGGAGACAUAGUGGAGUGGUAACGUGCAUGCAAGAAGUUGCUCCCGACGCCACUUGGGUACACUGCAGCAUCCACCAAGAGGCUCUUGCUGCCAAGGGAAUGCCUGGCAGCUUGAAAUACGUUUUGGACACUACAGUGAAAAUUGUUAACUUUGUUAAAGCAAGGCCCCUGAACUCUCGUGUAUUUUCUGCAUUAUGCAAUGAUAUGGGCAGCGACCAUGUAAUGCUUUUACAACAUACAGAAGUGCGCUGGUUAUCAAGGAGCAAAGUAUUGAGACGUUUUUUUGAAUUGAGAGGCAAACUUAAAGUUUUCUUUACUGACCAUAAUUUUUACUUGUCUGACCGCUUGCAUGAUGACACGAUUCUCACACGACUGGCCUAUCUGGGUGAUGUUUUUUCUCGCCUGAAUGAUCUGAAUCUAGGAUUACAGGGUCUCUCCGCAACUAUAUUCAAUGUGCGGGACAAAAUUGAGGCUAUGAUUAAGAAGUUGGAAUUCUUCUCUGUCUGCAUUAACAAGGACAACACACAGGUCUAUUCAUCAUUAUAUGAUUUUUUUGUGUGCAAAUGAACUCAAGCUUACGGACAAUGUCAAAUGUGAUAUAGCGAAGCCCCUGAGUGAGCUGGGUGCGCAAUUACGCAGGUACCUUCCCGAAACGGACGACACAAACAACUGGAUUUGGUAUCCCUUUCAUGCCCUGCCUCCAGUCCACUUACCAAUAUCUGAACAAGAGAGCCUCAUCAAAAUUGCAACAAGCAGUUCUGUGAAAAUUUAAUUUAAUCAAAAGCCACUGCCAGAUUUCUGGAUAGGGCUGCGCUCAGAGUAUCCUGCCUUGGCAAAUCGCGCUGUUAAGACACUGAUGCCCUUUGCAACCACGUACCUAUGUGAGAAUGGGUUCUCGGCCCUCACUAGCAUGAAAACUAAAUACAGGCACAGACUGCGUGUGGAAAAUGAUUUAAGACUGAGACUCUACAAUACAACCCAACAUUGCAGAGUUAUGUGCAUCCUUUCAAGCACACCCGUCUCAUUAACCUGGGGUGAGUUAUUCACAAUUAUUGAUGAACAAAUAAGGAUUUAUAUGGAAGAUGGCUAAAUAAAGAGCAAAACUAUUGAUUAUUAUUAUUUGUGCCCUGGUCCUAUAAAAGCUCUUUGUCACUUCCCACGAGCCGGGUUGUGACACAAACUCACACUCAUCCUUAUGUUUAAUAAAUGUAUCGUAUAGUGUGUGUGGCAGGCUUACAAUGAUGGCAAAAAACAACAUUUGAGAGUGCGCUGACCCUGGUGCUAGAGGGGGUAUGCAGCUGGAGGUUGAAUGUUUGAAGGGGUACGGGAACCACUGAACUACAAAAAGCAGCUCUCAACUACUGCCCUGCAAAACAUUUUGAUCUUACCUAGAUAUCGCUUACCAUUAGAAUGCAUUGACUUGACGUCUUACUAAGGCAGGAAUCAUAUACACAUUCGAAUAAUGUAUGAACUCACUGUAUAAGUCACUCGGAAUAAAAGUGUCUGCUAAUUAGCAUGCAAAUGUGAAUCUGCUUUGGUUCACCAGACUCAAGAGGUGCAGAAAGCCAUGGAUGAGAAGAAGUUUGAAGAGGCAGUGAAGCUGCGCGGCAGGUACAGCAACAUCACCAACCACUGUAGUGGCUUUGUACAGCUGCAGCCACAACCACCAGCCCAGUAUGAAAUAUUAGGGACAGUGACCUAACGGUUUCUCAUGCUGAUGCUAGUAGGCCCCUGACACAUGACCUACUGGGGCGGUGACACACACACACACCCACACACACACACACACACACACACACACACACACACACCCACACCCACACACACACACACGAACACACACACCCACACACACACACACACACAUACAGAGCGAGAGAGAGGAGCGGCCAGCGUGAAAGGACCUGGUCAGGCAGUAAAUUAGAUCACUAUGUUACGUCAGGGUCACCCAGUUUGUUCUAGCUCUGCCUCCCAGUUUGGAAUGAGUUGGAGUUCACUGAGGGACAUCCUCUUCACCAGUUAGGACAUUGCAUCCCCAUUUACAGUACAACAGUAGUGGGCUAAUGGGGAGGAACUUGUUAUUAUUAGGGACAGGAGUUUUUCCUGACCACCUGAUCUGGUUAAGAAACACUCUGGACCCUAGUGAUAACCUAAAACUACUGCAGGACCUAGAAGUGUUCCUGGUCAUGUGGUCAUGAAUCACUCCUGGUCCCACUUAUUAACAGGAUGCUAGGAUCAAUUGUAUGGGUCUGUAGGGCCUUAUUAUAUCAUUGAUUUUGGUAUCAGUUUGUGCUAAUGUGCCGAAGUGGAUUUGUAUUUCUUUGUAUUUGUGCAAUUUGAUUUGUAUUGUAUCUAUAUUGUAAGACGUCUUUCCCUUUUUUGUCUAAUUGCAGGAGUUUUGAAAACAAUCUGAAGACAUACAAGCUCCUGGCUCAUCGAAAACUAGAAUCUGAACUCCCACAUGUAAGUCAAUCACAGGUCAUGAGUUGUUUUAUGUUUGCUGAAGUCUCCCUCCCCAUAUUCCUGUAAAAUCUAUAACAGGAAGAAUGUUUAUUUUGCACACGACUUCCACUCCCAAGUCCAUUGUCCAGAAUCUUUUCCAUCAAUGUUGCAUGUUCUAACAUAUCAGCAUGGUCUAUCUGGCUGUCUAAGCUAGCAAGAGGUAUGCCUAUGGCCUAGCCUUAACAUUUGAUUUAUUUAACUAGGCAAGUCAGUUAAGAACAAAUUGUUAUUUACAAUGCCGGCCUACCCCGGCCAAACUCGGAUGACGCUGGGCCAAUUGUGUGCCGCCCUAUGGGACUCCCAACCACGGCCAGAUUGUGAUACAGCCUGGAAUCGAACCAGUGUCAGUAGUGACACCUCUAGCACUGAGAUGCAGUGCCUUAGACCGCUGCGCCACUCGGGAGUCAACAUGUGGGAAUGAGGCCAGAAAACUAUUCUCUCCCUGCCCAGCUCUGUUGCCCCUUCCCCCGUCCCAACCUAGCUCUGUUACCCCCUGCUUAAAAGUUGUUUUUAUUGUUUUCAGUUGACCGUUUUGGUUAUGGUGUCUCCUGUUCCCCUUCUCCUCCCUGCAGAGUAACUUCAACAUUGCUGUGCUGAACGUGGGAGCCCCCGCGGCAGGCAUGAACGCUGCUGUCCGCUCUGCCGUCAGGGUGGGCAUCUCUGAGGGACACAAGAUGUUCGCUGUCAACGACGGCUUCGAGGGAUUCUACAAGGGACAGGUAUGAUAAACAGACAGACAAAUAAAGUAGUAUUCUAAUGUUCUUCUAACAAGUUAUAACAUAUAAUUGGGACUAGAAGAUGCCACACAGACUCAGAGAUUCACGUACAAGAAUAUAGAUUAGAUUGACUGCAAUCAAACAAGAUUUGCUGCCACAGGAUGACACACUGACAUCACUUCCCCUCCCAGGUAAGAGCAGUACCACUCUGCACCAACAGGGGACCACAUGACAUGGCUGACACAUAAUACCACUAGUUCAGUGGAGUAGGCUUGUUUUGUUAUUGUCCCCCUGUGCCAUUCAUUUAUAAAAGAGGAUUCAUUCCAAUGAAAGACCAUGAUGUGUCUUGUAAAUCUAGUUCUACUGGUCUUUCCCCACUGGUACUGAACUAGAAAGUCUCAGUCUCAGCUUUAGUUGCAUCUAAACUCACAGCAGUAACACGAACAAUUCAGUACAUGGAUUUGAAGCACCUGCCCAGUAGUCCCUAGAUGUAUUUGACAGUCAUCACUGGUGAGUUUAGAAUCCCCUCCUAGGUUUCUUAGACUAAUAUGCACAGGUUUCUUAGAGAGGGUUACAUGCAGCUAUGUAGUCACUGCACUCAGUGCACUGCACUGGGCAGGCCAUUGAGUCCAGGUAACAACACCAUCUGACUGUAAAGAGAUUACCAGGGGGAUGAAAUUGACUGCUGCGCUACACUGCUUCUGAGUGGCUGUCUGCACUUUGUCUGCACACUACAGAAUUGUGUUUCUCACUUCCUCUGGUCAAAUUCUAACUAACUGUCUGUACCUCCUUCCUAUAGUCUGUUAUGGUUGACUGUCUGUUGAUUGAUGGAGGAGUUCCAAUUGAACACAAUGCAAAUAGUGCCUGUAAAACACAACAAAAAAAAUCAAUCAUAUGACAGUUUACAUAACAUGUAUUUGAAGAUGUAGGCUACUGAAUGUUUUUGACAAAAUACUUAUUUGGGUAUAAUUUGUAUAGGGUAGACUGGUAAGGGCAAUACAAGUUGAAGUAGGCUACAAUAUUUGCUCAUGAUGUGUUUUUGUCCCUUCAGAUAAAAGAGAUCAAAUGGGCAGAUGUCGGAGGAUGGACUGGGCAAGGUGGAUCUCUGUUGGGAACAAAACGGUAAAGGCUCCAUCCCAAAUGCAAACUUAUUUGAUAUAAUAUGUCUAACUUGAUUAUAAUAUUAUAAUAGUUCAUAAUACAGCAUUCAGAGAAACGUUCCUUUGAAUUGAACCACAGCUCAGUGCAAUUGGCUGUGGAAUGUUGUUUACUGCUAUAUAGUCAGUAAUGUAAGGGACAAUUAGAACUUGGGUGGAGGGGGCUGGUCCAAAAUAUGGGAGGGUUGUCAAUUGUAUUAUUUAUUUUCUUUGGGGGGGGGUUUUCGGGGGUUUACAUUCCCCAUUUUGUAGGAUUUACUAUAUAAUUUCUUCCAUAUAGCCACAUUUCCUCAUCUGCUUGCAUGCAUAUCCCCUAUUAAGGUGUUUUGGUACUUCCCUUAUGAGCUACGCUUUUCUGUACGCUUACUAUACAGUCAACUCUAUCCUGCCCUCUAUCCAUAGUGAUAAUAGCGGUAGGUGGAUCGUUUGUCCAGAUCUGCAAUUGGUUAACUAGCAAUCAUAUCACACACAAAGUCAUUCAAAUCUGCACACGUUUUCAAUAUGAAUCCACAAGAAGAACAUGGAGGAGUAGCUGAUUGGCAGCGCAGAGGCUGGUGCGACAUUGCGUAUGAAAGAACAAUAAUCACAUGAGACACUCAGCUCAAAAAGCUCCCAUAUUGAUCUUGUUUAGGCCAUACAGAUUUAAAUUACUAUAUAACAGAUGCCCCUCUUCACAUUUCUCAAAAUGGUAAAAACAAAAAUUCCCUGCCCCACUCUUCGAUACAAUACCAAAAGGCUAACAUCUCUUGGUGAGGUCACUAGGUGUUGCAAAAAUGUUGUUUAGUAUUAUUACAGGGGGUACCACUUUUAUUGUCAUUUUUUAUUACGAUUGUAUAUUUGUUCGUUGACUUGCAUCACUUCUAAAUAUACAAAUAUGUUAUACAGUUGAUUAAAUGAUCCUACCUAGACUAGCCUACAACACCACAAUGCAAUGAAUAUUUGCAUUAUUGUUUUCUUGUACAAUUAUUGUUUUGAGUACAAUUACACUCUAGGCUGUAAACUGCAGUGAAAAUGUCAUUUGAAUAAUGGAGCAAAAGCCCUGAAUGUUUACUUCCAUUCAUUCCAUUUGGAACAGUUGUGGGUCUACUCUCGACAGAUUAUAAGGUCUAGAAUGACACAGUACAGGACAGUCUGGCUGUAUUUUUACUUAUUUUACUGAUGCGCUGUCUGUUGCCUGUCAUCAUUCUCACAAGUUGUCAUGUGGCCACAUAGGCCUAUGGGCCCAGCAGUCCCAGUUAUUCAGAAAAGCUUCAUAUGUAACUUUUUGGCCGACCCGACAAAAUCCACAUAGAAAUGUGUGUUAUAGAUCUGUCAUUCUCAUUGAAAGCAAGUCUAAGAAGCAGUAGAUAUGUUCUAUGAGUGCUAUUUCUAUGCUUCCCGUGCUGAAGUUUCGUUUUUGCGUCUUUUACUUUCGGUUUUGUACACCAGCUUCAAACAGCCAAAAAUACAAUAUUUUUGGGUUAUGGAAAAUAUUUCACAACGGUUUAGAUGGUACAAUGAUUCUCAACACUAUACUAUUAGAAUUUUAGCAAAUAAAACACAAAAAUACCUUAUUUACAUAGGUAUUCCGACCCUUUGCUAUGAGACUUGAAAUUGAGCUCAGGUACAUCCUGUUUCCAUUGAUCAUCCUUGAGAUGUUUCUACAACUGGAUUGGAGUCCACCUGUGGUAAAUUCAAUUGAUUGGACAUGAUUUGGAAAGGCACACACCUGUCUAUAUAAGGUCCCACGGUUGACAGUGCAUGUCAGAGCAAAAACCAAGCCAUGAGGUUGAAGGAAUUGUCCGUAGAGCUCCGUGACAGGAUUGUGUCGAGGCACAGAUCUGGGGAAGUGUACCAAAACAUUUCUGCAGCAUUGAAGUCCCCAAGAACCCGGUGGCCUCCAUCGUUCUUAAAUGGAAGAAGUUUGGAACCGCAAACACUCUUCCUAGAGCUGGCCGCCCGGCCAAACUGAGCAAUCAGGGAGGUGACCAAGAACCCAAUUGUCACUCUGACUGAGCUCUUGAGUUCCUCUGUGGUGAUGGGAGAACCUUCCAGAAGGACAACCAUCUCUGCAGCACUCCACCAAUCAGACCUUUAUGGUAGGGUGGCCAGACGGAAGCCACUCCUCAGUAAAAGGCACAUGACAGCCCGCUUGGAGUUUGCCAAAAGGCACCUAAAGACUCUCAGACCAUGAGAAACAAGAUUCACUGGUCUGAUGAAACCAAGAUUGAACUCUUUUGCCUGAAUGCCAAGCAUCACGUCUGGAGGAAACCUGGCACCAUCCCUACGGUGAAGCAUGGUGGUGGCAGCAUCAUGCGGUGGGGAUGUUUUUCUAGCGGCAUGGGAGACUAAUCAGGAUCGAGGCAAAGAUGAACCGAGCAAAGUACAGAGAGAUCCUUGAUGAAAACCUGCUCCAGAGCGCUCAUACCUCAGACUGGGGCGAAGGUUCACCUUCCAACAGGACAACAACCCUAACCACACAGUCAAGACAACGCAGGAGUGGCUUCGGGACAAGUCUCUGAAUGUCCUUGAGUGGCCCAGCCAGAGCCCGGACUUGAACCCGAUCUAACAUCUCUGGAGAGACCUGAAUAUAGCUGUGUAGCAACGCUCCCCAUCCAACCUGACAGAGCUUGAGAGGAUCUGCAGAAAAGAAUGGGAGAAACUCCCCAAAAUACAGGUGUGCCAAGCUUGUUGCAUCAUAGCCAAGAAGACUUGAGGCUGUAAUCGCUGCCAAAGGUGCUUCAACAAUGUACUGAGUAAAGGGUCUGAAUAUUUAUGUAAAUGUGAUAUUUCACAUAAAUUAGCAAACAUCUCUAAAAACCUGUUUUGCUUUGUCCUUAUGGGGUAUUGUGUGUAGAUUGAUGAGGGAAAAAAACAAUUUAAUCAAUUUUAGAAUAAGGCUGUAAUGGAACAAAAUGUGGAAAAAGUAAAGGGGUCUGAAUACUGUCAGAAGGCACUGUAAUUCCAGCAUCCAAACUGCGCACUGGCCAUUCGAUGAAUGUAAAGAAACAUCUGUUACAAAACACCAGGAAAUGUAAUGACAUUCAGAGAUUGCCAAGCCUUCGAUAAUGAGUAGAGAGGGAUGUAUUUUCUGUUAGUCGAGAUUGGUAUAAUUUAUUUGAUUGUGGUGUUGAAAAUGCAAACCAUGAUGAAGCGCUCGGAGUCUGUAAUCGGUAUGCAGUUAUGCGUUGCUUAUUGGGUGUGUUGGCACAGAAACCUGUUGGUGUAAAAUCGUUGCAUUUAUUUUAUAUAAUUAUAAAUAUAGCAUCAAAAUGUAGAAAAACUGAUUUCCCCUAGCAGAUUAUUGUCUGCAGCCGGCUCUGAUCGUAGUGUAAUGAGACGGGCAGGGAAAGUGAACUCGUCCGUGGUGGUCGGGCGAACCCUCAACCUUUCUUGCCCGUAGCCCUGUGUGACAUCGACUGUGCCACAAAACCAUGCUGAAGUGCACAUUUCUUUUUACAGUACAAGAGGAGGGUCAUGGGAAAUAUUUAUAACGUUGGGGAGGGGUGCAUUUUUUUGGACACCUCCAGUUGGACCCCCCCCCCCACCCCACACAAACACACACUAAAUGUAGAACUGUCUGUAACUUUUUUGUUGCUUUAUCCUGUUUACUUUUUUCUUUCUUCAGAACUCUUCCUGCAAAGCAUGUUGAAAAAAUUGCUGAGCAGAUGCGAGCACAUAACAUAAAUGCAUUGUUAGUUAUCGGAGGAUUCGAGGUAUGUUGACGCCUGUUGUUUUUGCUAAAUAGUAGAUAUUAUUAUAUUUUUUACCACUAUUGCAUGUAUUUUACAAUAUAUAUAUAUAUUUUUAACAAAGUUUAUGACCCAAAUAAAAAAUGAAAAAUACAGUACAUUCACAUUUAUUAUUCUGUAGAUGUAAAUUAUUAAUAUGUAACUUUGUAAUGUUUAUUGUGUAAGUUCAUCAUAGAGAACAUUGUUAUGUUGAUUUUGCCAACCCUUUCCAUCAAUCUGCUUCUUUGUAGCAUUGGCUCGUACCCACCUGCUUUAAUGCAUAGCCAUGCACAUUAUUAGGUACUUAUUGUUGCAUCAAGUGCACAAGUAAAUGAAUAAUCAGUUACAUUUAAGAAUUUGAAAAAACAGUUGUUUCAUUGUUCAGUUUUUGAUUUUGAGUGUCUCGUUAGUUCAAAACCUAGAAUAGAUCCUUUAAUUGAGGCAUUCAAAACAUUAAAAUGAAAAGUGAACCAACGUUCUGAAACUUAAAAGAUAAGUGAUAAUUUGGUCCCUCUGGAAAACACAAAGAGCACAUUAAGUCACAUAAGUCAUUUCACGCACACCUGUGUAGUAGGCUCACCAGCUUUCUAUAUAUGUGUUGUAUGUGUUUGUAAGAGUGUGUUCAAUUGAGUGUGUGUGUGUGUGUGUGUGUGUGUGUGUGUGUGUGUGUGUGUGUGUGUGUGUGUGUGUGUGUGUGCCUGUGCGCAUGUAUGCACAUGUGUGUUUGAACACUGUGUGUGUAUGUCUGGAGUGGUACCUGUCUGUUUCACGCUGCUGUCCGUUGUGAUAGACUUGGCUCUCCCCUUGGCAUCCUUUCAUGUCUCCUCCUCCCUGACUGUCAGUCUGCUUCACCAGCACCACCUCGUAACUAAAACCCCUGGCUCUGGCUCUGCCCUGCAGGCCUACCUGGGACUCAUGGAAUUGUUAGAAGCCCGUGGGAAAUAUGACGAGUUCUGUGUGCCAAUGGUCAUGGUGCCAGCCACUGUCUCCAACAAUGUGCCGGGUUCAGACCUCAGCAUUGGCGCUGACACAGCUCUGAACGCCAUCACUGAUGUAAGCGAGGCUGGGAAAAAAAGACAUAGCCACACCUACUUCCUGGUAGGCUCAGCCAAUCACAUAAAGGGGCAACGCUGACCUGGACCAACCCGCUCGGCCUUCCAUUUACCAGCAUCAACCAAUCAGCUAUCACGAUCAGCUAUCACGGCCAACAUUUGCAUUGAUACCGUUGACAGGGCAAAAGGUUUUGGACCUGAAUAGGAAAAUGUUCUAUUUUAUUUACUGUACUAAAUUUGACUAAAUGUAACAAUUGAUUCAAUAAUACCAUUACUGCAAUUAACAACCAUGCAGUGAAUGUUGGCUAAAUAUUUCCCUCAGUUUAUAACUAACAGAUAAACAUUCAUAGCACAUAGUUUGAAUUUGAAUAAACUUUAUUGAUCCCCAGAGGGGAAAUUGGAUGGCUGGUAAACCAAAGCCGAGUUGUCCUGUAUCUCACGAUACAUGGCCCCAUUCACUCCCAGGUAAGUGAGUAAUGACAUGGAGGCAUGCUGUGACCGUACCUAUGUGUCGUGGUGGCCACCAUGUUUGCUCCAGCUGCCCCUUGACUGUGUGUGUAACUACCUACCUACCUCAUUAACGAAGACCAACGGUCAACAACGUUCAGGCAUUACACUGCUUAGUGUUUAAUAGAACGCUCUCUUACCCUCUAAAGUGCACAAACUAACAUGUAGUUGUUAAGUUGUAGUAGCUAAGAAGUUAGUAGCUGUUUAAGCUCUAGCUGACCGCUAACUGCUAACAUCACAUUGAUACUAAGUGUGUGCUAUUGCUAACUUUGCAUUUUUUUUUUUUUUAGCAAUCCCUUAGUAAGUGUUUUGUGUAAGGAUUACAGCAAAAUAGUGAACAGUUCUUUUUUUAGCACACAGCUAAAUAAUUUAGGGAGUGUUCAUCCACCAGAAUCUAGUCCAGCUAUUUUUUACAAGGGUCCUUGUACAAGAGUUACUGUACAAGAGUCCUCUUUAAAGGAUUAUAUACAGCAGUUAGGCACAACAUCACAAAGUUGUUGCAUGCAGUCCAAACAGCAUGGUGUGAAACAACAAGGCAGAGGUCCAGUCUGGGCUACAAGUUGACCGACAUCUCUUCCUCCUUCAUCUCCGUCCCCCCUCCGUCAUCAUCCUCUUCCUCUGUUUGCUGACUUGACCAGUGCCUGUUCUGCCACCUGUGUGCCUUGCCUCCAGCCACCGUUCUAAUUGGCUGACAAGUAGGCCCCGCUCCAGUGCAGUGUCACCAGCCGCGUUGAGUUGCGAAACCCAAACAGAGUUUCUGCCUCUCCAUCAGAUUAAUCCCUUCUUCUUUCAACCCUCCAACCUCGAGUCCCCCUCCUCUCUCCUCCCUACUUCCUCUCCCAGCUCCUUACCUUAGCCUUUUCCUCCAUCCUUCCCUCUCUCUUUCCUCCCUCCUUUCCCCACCCUCACACUCUCUGCCAAUGGGAAGCCAUAGCUGCUAUCACACGGAAAGAGCCCGGAAUAGCAGGGUACACUCGAUCAGUGUUUCUGAGAGGUGUGUUCGACCGUCUCUCAGUCAGAAGUCUCCCUCCUGGUUGUCUAAUACGUGUUCUGCUACUGCCUACUGCUCCAGGCGCUAGAGUGUCUUCUGCAGCUGUAUGCGGCUCGGUCCAGCUAUGAGGAGUUUUGCAUCCCCAUGUGUAUGCUGCCUGCCACCAUUAGUAACAAUGUGCCUGGCACUGACCUUAGUAUUGGGGCAGACACAGCCCUCAAUUCCAUCGUGGAGGUAAGGGACAAACCCCCACCAAGAUCACACUACUAGGAUGUAUGCACUCACUAACUGUAAGUCGCUCUGGAUAAGAGCGUCUGCUAAAUGACUAAAAUGUAAAUGUACAAUGAUUUCAAAAAUCCAAUAUACUAUCUUCAUAUCUAUUGAAAGCUCUCUUCUAUAUGUUUUCCCUCUGUUAUAAAAUAUAAACAUUUAGAUUUGUGAUGUUUAGACAGUAUCACACACACUGCAUGUAAUGUUACAUGUUUACAUUUUAGUCAUUUUAGCAGACGCUCUUAUCCAGAGCGACUUACAGGAGCAAUUAGGGUUAAGUGCCUUGCUCAAGGGCACAUCGACAGAUUCUUCACCUAGUCAGCUCGGGGAUUAGAACCCUCUUAACUACUAAGCUACCUGCCGCCCUGUUUACCUCUAAACAGUAUAUACUUUUGAUCCUUCUACAGGACUCCAGUCUUUUUGGUGAAUGAACGGGCCUAUGUGUGCCUGAGUAUAGCAAGCAAGCUAUGUCGUUGUAUCAUAACCACUCAAUGACCUGCAGCAGUAUCAGAAUGCUUUAUGAUUGUCUGCUUUGAGUAGGGCGGUGUAACGCUAUGAUGAGUGAUGUAUUAUCACAAAGCCUGGGUUGACUUAUUCACUUCAGAUUUAUACAUAGCGUGUAAUGUCAACAAUCCAGGAAUUCUCAGAAUGAGAAAGAACGUUUUUAACACCUUCUGUUAGGGCAGUAGUCUGCCUGGAAUAAUGUGUAUGUUCAUUUGAUCUCAGACAAAUGCUGUAGGCGUCUGUCUAACUCUGUGAUUGUGUUUGUGUGUGUCAGACAUGCGACCGCAUCAAGCAGUCUGCCAGCGGGACCAAGCGGCGUGUGUUCAUCAUUGAGACCAUGGGAGGGUACUGUGGGUACCUGGCCAGUGUUGGGGGGUUGGCUGCUGGGGCGGACGCUGCCUACAUCUACGAAGAACCCUUUGACAUCAGGGACCUUCAGGUGAGACAAACACACUUAAAGAAACAAAAAUAUAUGUGCAAGUUAAUUCAGGAAAACCUCUUCAAACCUUCAACUUGAACCCUCCAUCUGCCUCAUAGCAGUCUCAUAACCAUGACAUACUGUAAAUGGAAUAUGUCCUAAGCAGUUAUAACAGCUAACCUCAGGUUAUGACCAUCUGCCUUUACAGAGACUGUUGUUUAGGUAAGAUACUUAAGCUGCUCUAUUUGGCUAGCAGUACAAUAUUAUAGUAGAGCAUGUGUAAGUGGAACAGAAUGGAUUUGUGCCCAAUAUAGAUGUUUAUAAGGUGCAGUUAUGCUUUUUGCUGGUCAAGAGAAGGAACACUGACUCAUAGCAUGUUUUCUUUCAGUCCAACGUUGAGCAUCUGACAGAGAAGAUGAAGGGAGCCAUUCAAAGAGGAUUGGUCCUCAGGUAACGCAAUGCCCUGACUCACUGGAUGUGUCCCAAUAUCUCCUUUUUGAUUAGGGGAUAAGAAAAGUGUACUCUUUGGGAGAAAGGAGAUAUAAUUGGGACGUAUCCACUCACUCACCGCCUCAUUCAAUCCCUCCCUCACUCACUCACUCACUCCUUCACUCUUGUUUUGGUGUUGCAGAAACGAGAACAGCAACGAGAACUACACGACAGAUUUCAUCUACCAGCUGUACUCUGAGGAAGGGAGAGGAGUGUUCGACUGCAGGAAGAAUGUACUAGGACACAUGCAGCAGGUAGGUAACCGUAGAAUACUCUGUGGUUGUGUCCCAAAUGGCACCCUAUUUCCUAUAUAGUGCACUACUUUUGAGAAGAGGAGAAGAUAGUGACAGCUGUUGUGAUUGUUUUGAAAGGGAGGGGCACCAUCUCCUUUCGACCGUAACUUUGGGACAAAGAUCUCUGCCAAAGCCAUGCUAUGGCUCACCAAGAAAAUGAACGAGACCUUCAGACAAGGUACAGUAGUAAAGAGCAUAGUCAUGCCAGUAGACUCCCAGUGUCCUCAUAGAAGAUUGUGAUCGUGAUGCAGCACCUUUACCUGGAUCUGUCAUGGAGUCAUUCAAUAACCUUUUAGGUGUUUUAGGUUGUUUUGUUCACAAUGCAUCCAUCACACAGCAGAUUUAAAAUUCCCUCCGGUUUCAUUUGCAUAUUUGUUAUUUAAUAUAAUGUGUAAGGGCUAUGUUGAACGCUUUGCAUGUUGGAAUUGCAAGUAGCUAUUCUAUAAUAUAUGAAAGUGACAAUUGCACUUACAGUAUACUGCACUAUAAGUACAUACCACACCAUGUAAAUAUUUAAAUAUUACUUAUUUACUAAGUAAAUAAAUACUAAAAUAAGUACAGACUACACUAUUCUAGGUUCUUGAUUAAGGCUAACGUUAAAACAUUACAUUCUUCUUUGUUUUUUGUCUAUUUGCUGUGCACAUGGAUGACAUAAGAUGAAGGUAAAUUACUUUAUUAAUUGACGCUGGCUCCAUGACCAUCUAUUUCAUUAGAUCUAGUUCCAUGUCCCUUUACCCAUCAUGCCCUGGUAGUGUUUCAUGUCUCAAAUAGUGUUUAGUUGGUGUUUGUAGCAGUUGGAGGUUCUGAAGAAAAACUAGAGUAGAUAUUAUAUUUCGACAUAAUAUCUGGAUCUGUGUAUUGUUCAUUUUUCACUUUGCUCUUAUACAGCACUCUGUUGCAAGACUCCUAGAUGUUUCAUUCUGUCAAACCCAAAUUAGAACAUUAUUCCCCUUUCCCAUUUAAACAUUAUCCUAGAUCCACGUAGACAGUGUAGUGACAUGCCCAUUGUAAGAAGUUGACUUAAAACACCAUACCAACCAUUUCCAUGAUCAUUUACUGGAAACUUAGACCUUAACCGUGAAGUGGCGUAUAGACCAUGCAUGAGUGUGUGAGUGCUGACUGUUGUUGUUUUGCAGGGAGAGUGUUUGCCAACACAGAAGACACGUGCUGUCUGUUGGGGAUGCGUCGCAGGGCCCUGGUCUUCCAGCCCGUCGUACAGCUAAAGGAUGAAACUGACUUCAUGUGAGUCCCUUUACCUCCGACAGCUUCUGUCACUGUACAGCACCCCCUGACAGUAACACCUACAUCUUUAGUCCCACUUGAAAUGCCCCUUUAUGUGUUUUUACAUUAAACAUCUCAAAUAAUCAAUCCAGUGUAGUUCUGUAGUUACAUUAUCUCCCUCUCUGUCCAUCCCCCUGCAGCCACAGGAUCCCUAAGGAACAGUGGUGGCUGAAGCUCCGCCCCCUGAUGAAGAUCCUGGCCAAGUACAAGACCAGCUAUGACGUGUCUGACUCUGGCCAGCUGGAGCACGUGGUCCGCAACAUCAGGCCCAAGGAGUCGGACGCCUCCAGCGCCAUGUGAGCCUCUGAUGUCAUAGGUCAGAGGUUAAUAGGUCCAGUGUGUGUCUGUCUGACUGUCCCCUUUAGAACAGGGGGCUGUUUGUGUAAGAGUACCAACUAGCAACAGCAACCAAUAGCAGCUUAAGAGUCCUCUGUUGGUCAGUCAUCAGUCACAUAGCGGCACUUUGUUUCUUUUUCUGUCUGUCUUUCAUUCAUCCCCAUUGUAAAAGUCCCUCCUUUUUUGUUAUAUUUACAAACCGGCGUAUUCAGUAGGACUAGGAAUGUCUGUCUGUCACCGUUGAGAGCUCUCCAGCCUAACUCCAGUGCUUCUGUCUGUUCUCACACUGACCCACCUGCUCCAACAACCCAUACCCCCCUCAGACCACUGCAACAACUCACCGUCGUCGUGUCUGUCCCCUGCCCUGUCAGUCACUGUGGCUGCGUUGUCAAUCAGUGACCCUUCGUGUUAA